GUUUUCCUGUUCGGCCACAGUCGUGACACGAAGUGGGACAGAACCUCGAGACGAGUUGGUUUACGGUUUUGUGAACUGUCAUCCCAAUUUUCCAUUUUUUCCCUUUAAUUGCCGUUCGUGGAUCCCCAUUUCGCACAACAUAUCCGGGCUAUAAGCUUUUAUGUCGACAAAAUACAGAUCGUACAUCGGGAGGACGUGAUUGAUCAGUGAGAAGCUGCAUUUUAACGAAAAAGAAUAAUGGCCAACCGAUCGGGAACAGCCCAAAGACCCAAUGGACAAAGCCAGGGCAAAAUAUGCCAGUUCAAGUUGGUGCUGCUCGGCGAGAGUGCUGUGGGAAAGUCAAGUUUAGUGUUGCGAUUUGUCAAGGGCCAGUUUCACGAGUACCAAGAAAGCACCAUUGGAGCGGCCUUCCUAACUCAAACGAUUUGCCUCGACGAUACCACUGUGAAGUUUGAGAUAUGGGAUACUGCUGGCCAAGAACGGUACCAUAGUUUGGCUCCAAUGUAUUACAGAGGCGCCCAGGCAGCAAUCGUGGUUUACGAUAUUACUAACCAGGAUACGUUCGGAAGAGCAAAAACGUGGGUGAAAGAGCUGCAGCGCCAAGCCAGUCCAAACAUUGUAAUUGCACUAGCGGGCAACAAGCAGGAUCUAGCCAAUAAACGCAUGGUGGAGUAUGAGGAGGCUCAAACUUACGCGGAGGAGAACGGGCUACUUUUCAUGGAAACGUCUGCUAAAACUGCGAUGAAUGUGAACGACAUUUUCUUAGCAAUAGCCAAGAAAUUGCCCAAGAACGAACAAAAUACAGGUCAGGGAGGCAGCGUGCAAGGCAGAAGGCUGACGGAGGGUAAUACGGAACCAAAGACUGGUGCUAAUUGUUGCAAGUGAUGGCCUGUCCAUUGGAGUGAAGUGUUAUUUCAAAUUAGAGGAUCGGACUGUUUAAGCCGCAUUUUAGUGAUACAUGGAAUGUAAGAAAUCCUCAUAACAUGAAACAAUAUAAAAGGUAGCAUUCACUGUCAAAUAUUUGAUCUUCAAAUUCCAACAUUCGUAUUGUAAUGUUCUUAAUUCAAUGGAAAAUAUCCAUUGCCUUUUUUAAUAGAGUUGCGUAGGGUUCAAAAGGAAAUGUCUGACAGUGUAAUGAUUGCUGUCCUGGAUUAUUUCCUUAAGCAUAUUUGAUUAAUUCCACCGUAGGCAUUUAAUUUAGAAGGACUAUCCAAGCAAUUGAGAAAUAGCAACCUAGUAAAAUUUUCCAGAAAACCGAUCCUGGGCAGCAACCUUUUCUUUGUACAAUAAUUUUCAAAAUUGCGUUUAAUAGCAUAUACAAAGAAAUUAAUCAAUCACGUUUACUUGCAAGAUAUAGUGUACUCAAAUGUUAUUUUAAUUAAUUUUUAUAUUAAAAAUAGAGUCAUUUUUAUUUUAUUUAUCUGAAGUUGUGAUUAACAAUAUUAGUUAAACGAAUCAAAGUAUAAGCUAUUAUUAUCUACAAUUAAAAUCAAUCUAAAUGGAGAUAAGUGGGUAUUUAAGCAAUCGGGGUAGCCUAUAGAUGCCACAUUGAUGCUUUUCAAUGCUACAACAUAGAUGUUUACUGACGCGCUUUUAUUUUCAUCACCUGUUGUAAUUCAAUGGUUCUCUAACGCAAUGUGACCAAGCAAAACUUCAGCUUAUUAAACCAAGUCGACCCUCAAGCACCUGCAGGUCUAGAUCUACCUAAAAAUUGAAUCUAGGAAAGUGUUAAAAAAAUUGCAACUUUAUCCGUUCAUUGUCAGUAUGAAAAUGCCAAAUGAAAAUUGAUAUUUGCACAGAUCUUGGUAUUUGGUUCAAGUCGCUUUACCAGUCCUUAUCAAAUUUGUAUUAUUCUUUAUUGUAAGUGUUCGAUUUUAUAUUCAGCAAAAAAUAUAUUUCUAUAAUUUAAUAGUUAGGUUUUAAAAUUAGAGGUGAUUGUACAGAAUUUAAAAUAUACUAAUGUUCCAAGGUAAAUUAGCGUUAUGUUAUUGUACAUUUUUAGUUUAUAUUUUACUAUUUUGUGGAAACCGAUGUAAUUUAAAUGAGCACUGGAGGAGGUGUUCAAUAUGUUGUAUUAUAAUUGAAUAUAAUUAUUAAUAUGAA